AUGGAUAACAGUCCUCUGCAGGUGCUGACUAUCCCGACAGCCCCUUAUCCAGACCAGAGACCCGGUACCAAUGGUCUAAGGAAGAAGGUCUAUUUGUUCCAGUCCAGAAGGAACUACCUGCACAACUUCAUCCAGAGUAUCUUCUCCUCCAUCGACCUGAGGGACCGACAGGGCUCUACCAUGGUGGUGGGGGGAGACGGACGCUUCUUCAAUCGAACAGCUAUUGAGGUCAUCGGGCAGAUGGCAGCUGCCAACGGGGUCAGUGUCACUAUGAGUGUGUGUGUGUUUGUUUGUGUGUGCACGCCGGUUAGUGUAUGUUUGUGUUUAAGAGUAAGUGUGCAUGCAAGGGUCACUUGGUCUCAUGUCCUGUCAUUAACACAUUGUUGUCGUUGGUUUUCUUAGGGUUAUUCCUCACGUGUGUGCAGUUAUAGCUUUUGAAACACGGUGAAUAAUCAUUUUGAUUAUCAAAAACUUUUAAGCGGAUCAAUGGUAAUCCAACUUAUAAACCAACAAAUUAUUAACACAUUGUUUUAUAUCAGUUUUAAGGUUUUAAAGGAAGUAAGAGGCUUUUUCUCAAGACACUGGUGUCACAAUUUGGUCACUAUUAUUUCUUAUCCGGGUGGGACCUGGAUCCGCUCUACAUCAAAGGCAUACAUAAAACCGUCUUUUCUAAAACUCUCCACCAAAACCCUGACAUGUGGGUGUGUAAGCUUUUCCUACAUAACUUCCUGCACAUGCAAAACUCUGCACCAAAACUCAUAGCUGAACAAUCCUAACAUCUUCUCUCCUUCUUUGCAGGUACUGUGAGUGUUUUAACGUUAAAAAAACAGAGCGAUAUUCAAAGUGAUGAUUCUUUAUGACCAACUUGAUGUCAACAAGACUGACUUUCUAUAAGUUUAUUGCCUGUAACCAAUGUGAAGAGGCAGAUAUUAGAUCAGACAACACAAUGAAGAAAAAGCCCUUUUCUCACUGUUUCCACAGCAACUAUUCAUAGAAAGUUUUAUAUUUGACUGCAGAAAGCAAUCAGACAACAUUUCUUUCACAGAAGCUAUCGCUAUUGUCCACAGAGGGCACCACAAUCUACACCAACAAUAGGUCCCUUUACAGUAGCUUUAAACACAUCCAAACAACAUAAAGAAACAUCGCAAGACAACCUGCAAAACAUGAAGUUACAAUGCAUAUAUUUCCUGAUAGGUUCGUAUUUUGACAAAUUCCUAGAACCAGGUGGUGCGCACAGUUUUUGUGUUUGUGUGUGCAUUAAUAUUUAUGAGGGUGUGUGUUUUUAAAGCUUUUCUUUUAACGUCUCUCCGUCCCAAGUGACUUUGGGGAUGCUACUCAUUCUUUACUUUCGUGCUUCCCUCUUCUAAUGAAUUUGAUUGUCACAGAAGUUGAUCAUAAUAGCGACACUGGCGUUCAUUGUAGGUCUAUGACUUAAUACCCACAAACCAUCAACGAUAUUUCCGUCAACAUCAGAACUACUUUUAUCCAUUGUUUGUUAAUGUUAGCAUGUUGAAACUCAAACUAAGGUGUACACAUGGUAAACAUUGCCCCCUUUUUUAUUAGCAAGUGUAGUGUAAUUAGAUAUCAUUACAAGCAUGCUAGCAUGUUGGGUUCAGUAUCUAACUAGUAACAGUACUCUUCUACAGUAUUUACUGCCUAAAACCCUGCUAGCGUGCCAGUAUAGGCUCAUACAGUCAUUUUCUUUCCUAAACAACAUAAAUAUUACUUUUGACAUUUUGUUCUCAUUGACAUCACAACACAGACAUUCAUAACUCGCCUCACAUCAACACAGUUGGCACUACUUUUUUUGUAAAGAAGUGUUUCUGCAAGUCGCUGCACUUUCAAGACAUGCAGCCUUUGCAGCAGUUCUCCAGUUAAAGAUGUCAUCUUCAUUGAUAUGUUUUAGAUAACUACAGUUAGCAAUCUGCCAUAGUUUGUUGAUGCUUUAUCAGCUUCAACCAAGAUAAAGAUUGAGAUUUAUUAAUUUGUCCUUUGCUGGACUGAGGCCAUGGUGACAGCAGAUAUAUUGCAAAAGAACUCAGAUGGUAAAAAGAAGUAUAAAUGGCCAAUAUCUGUGAGUAACAAGGAAAGUAAACAGUCAGACAUCUCCAUUUUAAUGCGGUAAAACACAGCUGUAAAACCAUUUGACACAGUCUUAAUAAAAGCAGCCGUGCUUUGGCCUGCAAAUGGGAAGCUUCUGAUAUUGUCUUUCAAUAAAUAUAACCUGUUAACUUUUCUCCCCAUUUGCCAGCACUGCUAAUGGGCUCUCUGUGUUCCUCAGUUUGAAUUACAUAAGCUCUAAAUCUCAGAUACUUUCCUGGAUGGAUGGUAUACUUAGAAGGAUUUGAAAUACACUCACUUUAAAUAGCAUUGCUCUUGGUGUGCUCGAACAGUCAAAUUCAUUACACACACUCACGGCCUCUGGUCCUUUUUGGAAUCAGCAUGACACAGCAAACAUGAUCUUUAGUUCUCUCUACUUCCCUACUCAGAUAAAUUAAGAUGCAGCUUAAUGCUAGCCAACUCACACAACCACCUGUUUGACAUUUGCACAGGUUGGUCGUCUUAUCAUUGGACACCACGGGAUAAUGUCCACACCUGCCAUCUCCUGUGUGAUCAGGAAAUACAAAGCGAUCGGAGGCAUCAUCCUCACUGCCAGCCACAACCCCGGAGGACCUAACGGAGACUUUGGCAUCAAGUUUAAUACAGCAAAUGGAGGUAACUUGAGAGGAGGAAGCAUGUAGAGGCAGGAGCCAAGUGAAAAAUAGUGUUACGAGAGAGGUCCAAGAGACAUUUAACGAGGCUGUCGGCCUGAUUCAAAUUCGAAUAGCACUGGAGCAGUCCUGGGAUAUCCAUUUUGUCCAAGCAUUAAAUCUGUAACAAAAAGAUGGAGCCAUUUAGAGAGAUCGGCAUGAUUUCCCAUAAAAAGAUCCUAAAUAUUCUUUGUUUUAAUCACAGUUGUAAACGUGUAUGGAUGGGAUUUUAUGGUUAUCCUUUUGUGCAUUUUAAAUGUUACGUUAAAGAUUUUCUUCUGUUUGCAGGACCAGCUAAAGAGGCAGUCACAAACAAGAUCUUUCAGAUCAGCAGGACCAUUGAAGAGUUCGCCAUCUGCCCAGGACUGAGAAUGGAUCUGACGACAUUGGGCAAACAGAUGUUUGAUCUUGAGAACAAGUUUAAACCUUUCACAGGUGAAAUGCUGUACUGAAGGAAAUGAAUGCAAUGAGAAAAAAAAAAGGAAAAAAACUAUGCGGAGGGAAAGAAGUGUAAACUUUCCCAGAUAGAUUUUAUAAUACUGCUUUGUGAGGUAUUAUGACUCAUACGAUAUGAUACGAUAUAAUAUUAUUUGAAAGGAUAGGAUGUGACACGAUACAGCAUGGUGUUGUAUGAUACCAUACCUACUAUAUUAUGAAACAUAACAAAACAAUUCUAAAUAAAACAAAAUUAUAGAAUAAAAUACAAAAUAAAAUGAUACACUCUGAUACUGUAAAACAUCAUGCUACUCCGUAUUAUCAUACACAACACCAUUUACUGUCCAGUAUGGUACAGUACCAUUAGAUACCACAUUAUAUCUAGUAAUGUAAAACAAAUAUACAAUCAGUCUGAUAAAAUACAGCAAUAAAAUACAAUAAAACGUGAUACAAAACUGAUUUGAUAUCAUACCAUACAAUUUAUACAAAUAGUUAACCUGUAGCACAAAGCACUGUUGCCACUUUUGUGUGCCAUGUUUUUGUCCUGUGCUGUUUGUUUAUGUAUGUGCAAACAGAGCUGACUUACUCACUAUAAACCAAAUUUGCUUAUGGGUACAAAUAAAGUAACAUUUUAUCAAUUUAUUUAAUUUAUUGAACCAGGAAAGCCUCAUUGAGAUAGAAAAAAAACUUAUCUCUUUUACAAGAGUGCCCUGGAGAAACCUCAAGUAGUACAAUUCAAUAUACUACCAUAGGAAAUCAUGCAGAACAAUAAAAUUAGAUAGGACAGCCUCCUCAUUAUUACUGGUAAAUAGAUCACAAAACAAACAUCAUUAACAAACCUCAUGUAAACAGAGUGUACAUACAUUGACAACAACAUCUUUUACAUAUUUCACUUGUUGCAAGAGGAACUGAAAAGCACAUCCACCCUGCAGCCUCACUGUUACUCCACAGUUAAUAGAAACCACUAAGGUGGCUGCGUGUUACUUAAUGUUAAUGAUGUUGGUCCAGUGAAUGUUGAUAAAUAACUUUGUCCUUUUUGUGCUCUUGUCCAGUUGAAAUUGUGGACUCUGUGGAAUCCUACGCAAACUUGCUGAGGAACAUUUUUGACUUCGCUGCUCUCAAGGAUCUACUCUCUGGUGAAAACCGCAUCAGGAUAAAGCUUGAUGCCAUGCAUGGAGGUAAGAGAUGGCAAUAGUGUAAUCUACACCACACCCCUGAAUUAUUAUUAUUAGUACUUACUGAAGUUAAUACAUGAAAGAAAAUGUCAUAGUUGGAGAAUUUAAAGGUAUAUUCAAGUUUUAAAAAUGUUGGGUUUUUACAACGGCUGGUGCAGUGGCAGAAAAAAAGGCAUAGGUACCCAUUGCAGUCAUACAAAUAUAGAUGUUUUUGAGAAGUGUAAUUUUUCCCUUUGAAAUGUGAUGUUAAAGUUUAUUUUUGUAUUGUUUCCAGUAUUUUUGUCUUUAUUGUUAGAACAGAGACACAUCAAAUGUGGGGAAUGGAGAGUGGAGGUUGACAUGGAUGAAAAUAUCGUGUCAGCAACCUCUGCUAUGAGAGUUAUGUGCACUUAAACCCCUAGACCAGGUAUCACCUUGUAAAAUUUUGAGGUGGUGACUCUCAUGGAUCACUAAAAAUGCAGCACAAUAUGUGUGUAAUGCAUCGAAAGACUACACAACUGUAAAGGUAGCAAGUACUUUGACUAAUCAAGUCCUAAUUUUACAUGGAGAGCGAUGAUAUCCUUAAUGUUCCCCUUUCUACAAGGUUAAUUCAGGACAGAUAAACAAAACACUAGUAGUUUCAAAACAAUCAGUUUCGCCUCUCAGUCACCAGUCACUCAAAAAUUGCAGUGUGUUUUUGUGAUUCAUGUCAGAGAGCUGCCAAUCCAUCAUUAUGCUGUUCAAAUCCAAUCUGUUUUCUACACGAUACUUGGGAUUGUGCUGCUUGUUAAAGCAUCUCCAAAUUGAAACCGACACUAAUGGACAUAAAACCCCCCACACCAUCUCCCUCCAACUCCUGAUAUACACCCAUGCUCCCAUCAUAACACAACAACAUAAAACCUUUUGCAGCAAGUUGAUGGGAUUUUUUUUUACAAAGUGCCACCUCAGGAUACCAUGUUACAGAAUUGUUGUUUUGUUUGUUUGUCUUUUCUUUGUCUUUUAUAUCUCAAAGAACUCUAAAACGUUAUUCCAGCUACACCUGAAGUUAAACAAUAGUUUAACAUUUGGGAAAUUAUCAUUUAGCACACCAAGCCAGUCAUAAUAUAUCUUAUACAACUUCUGAGGACUAUGAAAAACAUGAUCCAAAAGCCUACAUACCAUCAGUUGUGUAUUAUUCUGAAAGCACAGCUCCAUUUCUGAGAAGUAAAGCCAAAAUAGGAUCCCGAUAGGCAUGACAUACUGUGCUGGUGAAGGCCAGGCAUGCGUAGAAGAAACAUGGCUGAUGGAGAAGGGCUCACCCUUUCUGCCAACCAAAACAUGUAUUUAAGUUACUAGUAAAAGGUCAAAGAUACCAAAGGUUGGGACAGCUCAGAGCAGAGCAGGUUUUUGUAAGAUUUGAGGCAGAUUUUUGGUCUUGCAUUUUAGUAGUUACACUUUUGUCUAAGGAUCAACCCUUUUUCUUGCAAACUUGAUCUUUUAACCCUUGCAGUGGCUUUAUACUCUUAAAUUUCUUUUGGCUAAACUGUGCCAAGUUGACAGCCAUGCUGGUGUCAUGUGUAUAUUUUGUGUGGGACACAUAGACUGUCGUUAGAAUGGAUGCCAUCUGCCUCUUCACUGGGUGAAGCCACUGCAUGAGCAGCAUCCUCUGGUGGCGGGCUGCAGUAUAGGUCAUAAAUCCGCCUCAUCCAGCAAUUCCUAUGAAGCUGUGGACAAACUUCAGAAUAUUUUUUUUUUUUCACAAUGACUCUCCUGCUGAAUGCGUAAAACGCUACUGCGCAAGUGGUGGUUCCAGGAAGUGGAGAAAAUCUCGGAAAUACCGAGAGCAAUUCUCUUAAAUUCCUAUAAUGACAGAAGGCAGAGCCAAGUUGUCCAUAGUAAAUACAGUUUAUGAUGGCACACAAGAUAUGAAAUAAUUCAUGUCACAUCCCAAACUGGACCAAAAAAAGAUUUCUACCACUGACUAUCUCACAUAAAUUUUGUAGGUAUACGGAGGGAGGUCUCUCAGUUUGACUCGUUCUGUUUCAAACUCUUGGUUAAUAACAGUUGAGACAGAAUUCACCAAAAUUGUUGGACUUUGUCUUACAAAUGUGCACAUACAGAACUAACCUGUUGGAUGAUCAAACUUUAUAUUCAACUGAAACAGUGCAUGUUCAUACAUCGGUCUUUUGUCUUUCCUGUCUCUGUCUUCUCUGUUGCUCCUCAGUGGUGGGUCCGUAUGUGAAGAAGAUAAUCUGUGAGGAACUCGGCUGUCCAGUCAACUCUGCCAUAAACUGUGUCCCUUUGGAGGACUUUGGGGGUCAACACCCGGACCCCAACCUCACCUAUGCUACAGACCUGGUUGACAGCAUGAGAGGAGGAGAGUAUGACUUUGGUGCAGCAUUUGAUGGUGAUGGGGUGUGUUUACUCCUUAACAUCUCUUUCUUUACAUCUUUUGUUAUAAAUUUAAAAAAAAAGAAACUUCUUAAUUAAUUCAGCCAGACCCACAUGAAGUCUUAUUUUGGUUUUAAAGGGCAGGACCCAAAAGCCUUGACCCUUGACCCCUGUCUGUCUGCUUUCUAGGACAGAAACAUGAUCCUCGGUAAGCACGGCUUCUUCGUCACCCCGCCUGACUCGGUGGCAGUGAUUGCUGACAACAUUUUCUGUAUCCCAUACUUCCAGCACACAGGAGUGAGAGGCUUUGCUCGCAGCAUGCCUACCAGUGCAGCCUUGGACAGGUUAAAAAAAACACUCAGGCUUUUACAAUCACUCUUAAAAGUAUGAGCCAGCAAUUUUUAAAGUUAAAGUUUUUGAGCUUCUUUGAACACUUUCCUUUGUUAUUUCCUGCAGAGUAGCCAAGGCAACAAAAAUAGAGUUAUAUGAAACUCCCACUGGGUGGAAGUACUUUGGGAAUCUCAUGGAUGCGGGCCGUCUGUCUCUGUGCGGAGAGGAGAGCUUUGGUACAGGUACAGUGCCUCAUUUGCAACUUAUCAGAUCAAACACUUGAUAUCUGCAAAAACAGUGGGUGGAAAAGAGAGCUCUUGUUUGAUUUGAUGUUCUCUCAGGGUUUUUUUUUUUUCUUUAUGUAUCAUUUAGGUGGAGACCAUAUCCGUGAGAAGGAUGGGCUUUGGGCCGUGCUGGCAUGGCUGUCCAUCUUAGCCUACAGACGACAGAGUGUGGAGGAUAUUCUUAAGGACCACUGGAUGAAAUAUGGAAGAAACUACUUCACCAGGUGACAUAAGGACACACCUCUAAUGUUUGUUUAUCACCAAAAUAGUACCUCCACUUCUAUUACAACCUACACUAAUGAGAAGACAUAAAAAACAGACAUAAUUAGUGGUUUUAUAUUAUCUGAGUUGACUUGGUGCAUGUCAUUUUGCUGAUAUUUAUCGACUUAUGAGGGGGCAUGCUGAGAAAUGAUAGAAGACAUAGAGUACGUGACUGACAUCUAGUGGAGUAUAUCUGCCUCUACAUUUUCUUGGCCUCCAUGCUUUGGGCACUUCAUACAAUAGUGAAAUAAAAAGUUAAGGAGUCUUGUUUGGUAUUCAAACAUUCAAGAUUGUUAGUUUGCCUAUGUUGUGUUGUGUUUCCAUGACAGUCUAUGAAGACAACCCCUGCAAUAUCACUAUUUUCUCACAAGAUUUCUCACCAAUAACUUUUAUGGAUUAAAUAUAAUUGUUGAAACACUAUAAUUGCAAAGAAAUGUACAUACUUUAGGUGAUGCACUUGCUCUUUGAUAGGAAAUAGCUCUUGUCCUCUAAAAGGAAGUGUUGUUUAAUGUCCAGUUAAUAAACACAAACAUAUUAUGUUUUGCCACAGAUACGACUAUGAGAAUGUAGACAUAGAUGCAGCCUGUGAAAUGAUGGAGGAUUUAGAGAUCAUGAUCGCCGAUAAGUCCUUCGUGAAGCAGAGAUUUGCCGUGGAAGACAAAAUCUACCAGGUAGAGAAAGCAGACAACUUUGAGUACACAGACCCAGUGGACAGCACCAUCACCAGGAACCAGGUACACCCCACAUGCCAGCUGUGUUCCGCACCAUGUAAAUGUCUCUCUGUUUUCCAGCUCUUUUAGCACUGAAGGUACUCAGCUGUGUUUGCAGUUCCUUGAAGCUUCAGUCUCAGGGCUCUUUUUCUCUGCAGGGUCUGCGGAUAAUCUUCUCUGAUGGCUCUCGAAUCAUCUACAGACUCAGCGGGACGGGGAGUGAAGGGGCAACGGUUCGAAUCUACAUCGACAGCUAUGAGAAGGAGCAAAUCUUUGAAGACACACAGGUAAAAGAUCCAAUUGUAAACAUUUGAAGAAUAAUUUCACAAUCACAAGUUUUUAAUUAGUUAAUAAUUGACUUCUCUUGGAGAUAACAUCAUCUUUUUCCCAAGUUAGACUUCACAACCACUUCUGUCCUGCUGACUUUUAUCAGGAUAACAGUAAUGAAGCAUGCUACAAUGAGUUCCUGGUUUAUUUGUCAAAGUCUUUUUUAAACCUUGCAGAUUUCAGUCAUAGCUGUCAGACAGAAGAAGAAGAAUUUAAUGAUCGCCGGAGAGAAAUUCAGUAGGGUCAUAUCUUCACAGUGAAGGAAGAAGAGUAGAGUUUGAUACUUUUGUCAAUACCUGGUUCAACUUAACUGGACAUUUAAGCUUAAAUCAGAUAUGGCUGUUAUGGCUCUAUGUAUCUCUGUUACAAGUUGCGAUAUAUCAGAUAAAUCUAAAUAAAUCAGAUACAAAGCUACCAUUCAAUGAUAAGGUACUGUUUAUUCAACUCACUAUAUGCAUGUGAUAAAAUCAGUUAUCUUCAAUCAACAAUUAGAAGUAUGAUCACAUUUAGCUGCACUUCACUGCAUACAAACUCACUAAAUUUUGUGUGGAGUGUAGACUGACGAGCUUUAAGUUUGUUUGUCUGUUUGUGCUGCCAAUUUAAAUUCUGAAUAAAACAGAAAUUCACUGAAAAAAAGGCAUACAGUUGGCUCAUUACAGCAGCUCAGGCAGCAGACUAUAGGAAAGGCAAGAGAUAUUAGCAGCAAAGCCAGACUGCAAACAAAUGAACAAUGUUUAUAAUUAUUGUUAUUAUUAAACCCUUAUCGAUGCAGGUUAACCCAUGAAAGGCCAGGUCUUAUUUACAUGAUUCAUCUUGGAUAAACAUAAAACUCUACAACACUGAAUGGCAGAAACAACACAAGGACCAACUGUUGACUAACAAUAAAACAUUGAAUUAUAGAUAGAACAGUUAAACAUAACGAAUCUCAAAACCAUAAAACUAAUGUGUUAAACUGUAGAUUGACAGACCUAAAUACUAGAAACACAACCAAGUACCCAAAGGUGCUCUCUCUCUCUCUCUCUCUCUCUCUCUAUUGCUACUUAAAGACAUUUCAAAUCCCCCAGAGGAACCAAAGGACAUGUUUAACAAGGACAUAUCUAUGAAGGACAUAUUUACCAAACCAUCACACUAACAAAGCUGUGACUUGUCCCAGUGAUAGUUGAAUAAACUACAGCCUGUUUAGAGUCCAAAGAGUGAAAAUAUUUCAACUCAACUUGCGCAUAUACUGACAAAGCCUUGCAGUUAUUGAUCAAUUAUAUAACUGAAUGCAAACAACCCAGAGCCAUAAGCACAAAUAAAUACAUGAAUCUCACAUUAUAACGGUUGGGGGAAAAAAAAACAGAUAUCAUCAACUCUGUCACAGGUAGUGUGCUAUAAAUAAAUCAGUGCUGAAAAUUGCAAAACACAGACUUCACAAAACACCACAAUACUUCAAAAUUUAGGAAAAAGAUGUGAUUUGGAUUUUUCUUUCCAUUUUUCCCUGAAUGAGGUCCCUAAAAGCUAUCUAAUUACAAGUUACGACACUAGAAGAGCCUCACUUAUCUGCCUUUUUUUUUGUUGUUGUUGUUAUAAAACAUUAUUCAUAAAUCAUUAAUGUUCUAGAACAGUAAUGUAACUCACACAGUGAGAAAAUAUUUCCAUGUAAUGACAAUAACAACUGAUACUUGUUUAUCUUUUUAAGAAUAUUCAUGAGUGGGUAAAACAGGGAAAUAUGGUAGCCGGGUGUUUUUGUCUCUCAGUAUUUUGUCUUAAUUGUUGGCAGGUGAUGCUGGCACCCCUGGCGACCAUCGCUCUGAAGAUUUCCCAGCUCCACCACAGGACAGGUCGCAGAGGCCCGUCAGUCAUCACAUGA